AUGCCACCCAAGAAACACCAGCCGCCCAAGGCGGAAUCCAAAACAAAAGCAGAUAACGUCGAUGAAGCUCCCUUACAAGCCGUCAUCUUAGCAGACUCAUACAAUAGGCGAUUCGAGGUUUUGUGCUCAGACCAACCUAGAGUACUGCUACCGCUCUGUUCAACGCCUCUUUUAGCUUGGACAUUGGAAAGUUUGAGUUUGAGUAAAGUGAGGCAGGUGUUUGUGUUCUGUGGAGUACAUUCGGAUAAGAUCAGGGCUUUCAUCGAGACAUCCCCUUAUCGGCAUACCCUCGAUAUACAAUGUCUAUCCAGUCAGACAGCCAUGUCGGCAGGUGAUGCUCUGAGGGAGCUAGACGAUAUGAGUGUGUUAAACGCAGAAAACCCAUUCAUCCUCGUUCAUUCACCUAUAAUAUCGAAUUAUGAUAUAUCCAAGAUGGUAGAGGCGCACAAGAAGAGGAGAGAGGAGGACAAGAAUUUCAUCAUGACUAUGGGAGUAGGACUUGGUGGAAGACGUCAUCCAGAAUCACCCAUCAUGCUCGUCCAUCCACCAUCUUCCCGACUGUUACACUACGUUCAAAAUCCCUUAUCCCCCUCUCAACCAAGGUUAUCUUUCCCUUCUCAACUUUUCCUCGAUCCUUUCCCGGCCAAUAUCGACACAUAUGAAAUAUGGGAUUUGGGAGUGGAUAUUUGUGAGGCGGACGUUCCUGCUUUAUGUACGGAGAAUUUCGAUUAUCAUGAUCUGAGGAGACAUUUCGUGAAUGGAGUAUUGACUUCUGAGCUGUUGGGAAAGAAAAUCGCUGUGCACCUUGUAGGUAAAGAUGAAUUGAACCUGAAUGGAGAAGAGGAGAAGCAAAAGGGAGAUGUGAGAUCUGGGAAUGGGGGGACUUAUGUGGAGAGAAUUAGAGAUACGAGGACUUUUGGAGAGAUCACACGAGACGUACUUAGAAGAUGGGCAUUCCCUUUGGCGCCUGACAAUAACGAACCUGGAGGUGUUCAGUAUGAGCUGAGAGCGGGUAAUGUGUAUAUCGCAAAAGAUAAUGUGGUGCUUUCGAGAACGACAACCCUUUCCGGUCCACUUCUAAUUGGCCCUAGAUCAGCUCUAGCUCACAACACACGUAUCCAUCAAUCUACCCUUGGAGCUGACUGCUCGGUGGGACCAAGCACGACUGUGAAUCAGUCGUAUAUCUUCGAUGACGUUAGGAUAGGUGCCAAUUGUACACUCAAAGAAUGCAUCAUAGGAGAAGGCGUGAUAAUCUCCGAUGAUGUGAUUGUAGGAAAAGGAGCAUUGAUAGGAAAUGGAGUGAGAUUGGGUAGAGGAACGAAAGUACCUGAUUUUGCGAGGAUUGGGAGAGAGAGGUAUGGAGGUGAAGGAUUUGAUUCGGAUGAUGAAGAAGAUGAGGAGGAUGAGGAUGAACGAGAUAACCGCCUGUCCACCCUGGGCCCCGACUCUAUAGGUUUUCUUUGGCCUAACGAAGAGGAAGAACCAGCCUCUGAUUCAGAGGAUGAAGGUGAAGAUCCAUAUGAACACCCUCGAAACAAACGAUUGCUCCAACUCGGUCGACGUCUAUCCAAUAUCUCAACUUCUACCGUAUCACUUUCCACGUUAUCCAAAGCGUCUUCAUCAGAAGCUUCUUCGCCUCUUUCGGUUGCAUCAUCCGCAUCGACUUUACCUGAUCUUGCACCUUUGUCUUUGAACCAGGGCCCUAGAGAAGAAUUCUACAUCGAAGCUAGGGAAUCGUUGCUCCGAGCUUAUGAGGAGGAUCAUAAAGUUGAGAACGCCGCUUUGGAAAUGAGAACUUUGGUGAUGGGUGAAAAUGCAGGUCAGGAUGCAGCUAGAGAAGAAAUAUUGAAAUUCUUCUUAUCUAAACUCACUCUAUCGGGCGGUGCGGGCGAAAUACUCAAGUCGACUGUUGGGGUAUUUGGUAAAUGGGGUCAAUUAGUUAGAUCAUUCUCAACAACGGAUUAUACCCUCAUCGCUGUUGAUACUCAAAAAUUCUGUGUGGAUAAUGAGCCUUAUAGACCUUGGUUCGGUGUUAUUUUAAGAGGGUUAUACGAUUCUGAUACGUUGACUGAAGAUGAAUUGAUAGAUUGGAGGGAUUCAUCGGUAUCGAAAGGAGAAGGAACGAAAGACGAGAAUGAGAAGAAGAUAUGGUUGGAAGUUUAUAACAAAGGAAAACCUUUGGUGGACGUUUUGGAAAGUAUGGAGAGUGACGAUGAUGAGGAUGAGGAUGAUGAUGAAGAGGAGGAUAGUGAGUAA